AGACUGUCAGUACAUAAGUAUGACAGUAUCAGUCAAAACAUUUGCACAAUUAAAACGAACAUAUAAAAUUAUAUUCUAUCAUAAUGAUUUACACGACACAAGAAUGGUAUACGCCCGCAGAAGUGGCUAUCCACAACAAGUCCAGUGACUGCUGGGUUUCCCUGAACGGGAAGGUCUUAAACCUGACACCGUGGCUUGAACAACAGUUCAGGAUGUGCCGAUGUCAGAAGAACUGCUGUUGUCCUGUGAAAAACUGGUACUGUAGUGAUGAUUGCGUGGAGUACUGCCCUUGCUUCAAGAGGGGGUUCUUUUAUUGCGAUGGAAAAAGGCUAGCAAUGACAGUCGUCGCGUACGCCGGCAAAGACAUCAGCCAUUGGUUCAAAUCGGACGAGUGGGUCCAAUACGUGCAUCCGAUCGUCGGCACCCGCACACCGUUCAUGCAGCACGGACCCGACAAGACCAAGCCGGUGGUGCCGUCAACAAGAUGGCGGCCAGUCGAGGACCCGUGGUGGCUGGACGAGAAGUAUGUUGUGGGAAAAGCAACUGCCAAGACCAGGCCUAUCAGAAUUGUUAAUACUUUGACAGGCUCCACGGUAACCCUAGAAGUGUGUUCUGAGGAGACUAUCUACCAGAUAAUGAUGCGGUAUCUGCCACACAACGGCCAUAUGCAAUCUUACACCUGGCGGUACCUCGGAAAAGGUCUCUGCUACGACAAGAACCUGACAGACAACGGGGUGCUUGACGACCGCGAGCGCUUCGCCGAUGUCAACCUGGCGGAGAACAACCACAUUCCAGCACUACUCAUUUAUUACAACGACGACCACACCGAAGAUCCAACGCGAGACGACUGUUUCUGCCACGAGUUCAUCUGUAUGAUCCACAAAGACCAAAAAUGCCGCUGAACAAUCAACAUUUUGCUUCCGAAGAUUGUUUUAUUACAUACUUAUGUAUAAAUUAUUAAAGAUUUUGAAUGGCGCACGUUAUUAAA